GCUCUUCCUCUUCCACAGACUGAAGUGAGAGCUCUUGCUGAAAUAGCUGCUCAGUUAGGGAAAAAGGGCUGGAACUCUAGCCUGAAUCCGUGUGAUGGGGACCCAAGCUGGAACACCCCACAGCAGAUUGAUAUUCCAGGCUAUAAAAAUUCUCUUCUCUGCAAUUGUACUUAUGGUGAUGGUUCCUGCCAUGUCGAUACCAUAGCACUGAAUGGACAGGAUUUAGCGGGUGUCCUCCCCCCUUCUUUAUCGAAGCUACCGUUCCUCAAGAAGAUUGACCUUACUCGUAACUAUCUAAGUGGGACAAUACCCCAUGAAUGGGCAUCUACCAAACUGCAAUUCAUAAGUGUUGCUGUAAAUAAAUUAUCAGGACCCAUUCCAGCAUAUUUGGGAAAUAUAACCACUCUUGCUAUAAUGAGUCUGGAGAAUAACAUGUUUAACGGAACUGUUCCAAAGGAACUAGGGAAACUUGUCAAUUUAGAGAGAUUCAUUAUCUCUGCAAACAAUCUCAGCGGUGAGCUCCCAAUGGAAUUGAAUACUUUGACCAAGUUGACAGAAAUUAGGUUGAGCCGGAACAACUUCAGAGGGAAAUUGCCUAGCUUCGAGACCUGGAAAAACCUUCAAAGCUUAGAUUGAAGCUGGUGGUUUUGAAGGACCGAUACCAUCAAGCAUUUCUGUAUUAACCAACUUAACUGAACUAAGAAUUAGUGACUUGAAUGGAGGUGUCUCCGUGUUUCCCUGGUUAAAAAACAUGACAACCAUGCAAAAGUUGAUGUUGAGGAGCUGCUAUUUAUCCGGGAAGAUUCCAGAUUUUGUGGGCAGUAUGACGCCAUUGCGUUCUCUUGAUCUGAGUUUCAACAAUCUGGAAGGUGAAAUUCCAAGUCUUGAUGGCCUGAGUAAUAUGGAGAUGAUGUUACUGACAAACAACUCUUUUACUGGGCCUGUACCAGAGUGGAUGAAAAGUCGAGAUCCCAGAACGCAAAUAGAUAUUUCAUACAAUAACUUUGCCGAGAGCUCUGUUCCAUCAACUUGUCGCGACAGCUUCAACUUGUUCAAAACCUUCAGCGGAUGGGAUAAUGGAGAAGCAGGGAAAUGCUUGAUUUCUUGCUCAAAGGAUUGGUAUUCCUUCCAUAUAAAUUGUGCUGGUUCCAAAGUUGUGGUUGGAGAAACUUCUUAUGAUGACGAUCAAGCCUCAGCAGGCUCAACAAACUUUGCUCACCCCUAUGAGAAUUGGGUUACAAGUAGUACAGGAGACUUUUGGGAUAGAAACCGAACCAUUUCUGACUAUACAGCAAGUAAUAUAUCUGUCAUAGAGGGAAAUGAAACUGAACUUUACACAACGGCUCGUGUCUCUCCUUUAUCAUUGACUUAUUAUGGACGCUGCUUGGCAAAUGGAAACUAUACGAUCACUCUACAUUUUGCAGAAAUUGUUAUAAGAGAUAAUAGGUCAUUCCAAAGUCUUGGAAGACGGCUAUUUGAUGUUUAUAUACAGGGUCUACGUGUCUUGAAGGACUUUGACAUUAAAAGUAAAGCUCAAGGAGUUGAUAUACCCAUAAAGCUGAAAUUUAAGGCGACUGUCACAGACAAGACUCUAGAAAUACGCUUUCACUAUGCUGGGAAAGGGACAACAGCAGUCCCAGUAAGAGGAAAAUAUGGCUCUUUAGUGUCAGCUAUCUCUGUAGUAUCUGAUUUUGAACCUCCUAAUGACAACAGAAAGGCUCUUAUUAUAGCUGUUUCAGUGGCUACUCCAUUAAUUUUCAUUCUCAUGGUUCUUGGCAUUGUUUGGAGAAUAAGCUACCACAAAAGAAAAAUUUCAAAGGAACAAGAACUAGCUAGACUUGAUCUGAAGACUGGCUUCUUCACCUUGAGACAACUUAAAGCUGCCACUGACGACUUCAGUGCUGCAAAUAAGAUUGGAGAAGGUGGUUUUGGAGCUGUUUACAAGGGUACACUACUAGAUGGUACCAUAAUUGCAGUUAAGCAGCUUUCCUCCAAAUCAAAACAAGGAAACCGUGAAUUUGUGAAUGAAAUUGGCAUCAUCUCUGGUUUGCAACACCCAAAUGUUGUGAGACUCUAUGGAUGCUGUGUAGAUGGACAUCAACUUCUACUGGUAUAUGAGUAUGUCGAGAACAACAGCCUUGCCCGUGCUCUGCUUGGUCCAGAAGAAUCACGACUGGCAAUAGACUGGCCAACUAGGCAAAAAAUUUGUGUUGGCACAGCUAAAGGUUUAGCUUUCCUGCAUGAAGAGUCAGCUCUAAAAAUUGUUCACAGAGACAUAAAAGCUGCUAAUGUACUAGUUGACAAGAACCUCAAUCCAAAAAUUGCGGACUUUGGUUUGGCCAAACUUGAUGAAGGGGAUAACACACACAUCAGCACUAGAGUUGCAGGAACAAUUGGAUACAUGGCCCCUGAAUAUGCAUUAUGGGGCUACUUGACUUAUAAAGUAGACGUGUAUAGCUUCGGCGUUCUGAUUCUAGAAAUAGUUGCUGGAAUAAACAACAUGAAGUUUCGGCCUGAUGAGGACUAUGUUUGCCUACUUGACUGGGCCUUAGUUCAACAAAAGAAAGGGAAUUUGCUGGAGCUGGUAGAUCCAAAACUGGGGUCCGAUUUCAACAGAGAGGAGGCCUUGAGAAUUAUCAAACUGGCAUUGUUGUGUACCAGUCCGUCACCAGCGCUUCGGCCAACCAUGUCCGCAGUGGUCCAAAUGCUUGAAGGUAAGGCUGAUGUUAAUGAGAUCAGCUCGGAUGCAACUAUGUAUGGUGAUGACUACAACUUUCGUUCUCUUAGAGAAAAGUAUGAUGAUAACUCUACUUUAGUUGAGAAACAAAGUUUUUGUAAAUCAUCUGAUGCAAGAAGCCAUAUCGAGGACGCCACCUAGCAUGAAAAGGCUUUGGUUUGGUAUACACUGUAACAAAUAUAGCUAGUGGAGAAAAGGAAGAAGACUAUGUGGGGCCCAGGAGAACAAUCACGUGGCAACUAAUGGAGGAAAAAGGCGGAGUACUCGGACUAAAAUAACAAACACGAUGCUGAAGGAUUUUGUGUGGUCUCAUAAAUAGUAUAAAUACUUAUUUUAUAUAUUAUGGAAGUCAUGGAAGUUGUUUAUCUCUAUUCUCUUCUUCAUGUGACUCUUCUGUAAUAACUUUUCAGACUGUGAGCUGCAACAAUGCCAAUGAAUCUACCUUAAA